AUUUCAGCUCUCACAGAAACCCAGUGUGAUUUUAUUGGUUCUCCUUAUCAUGUGUUUAUGAAGAAGAAAUUGCACCUGUCUCGUGAUACACCGUCCUCUGUGCUUCACUCUAAUUUAUUUUAUAAUCUCAUUAAUCUUCACCAUUGGCUUUUCGCUGCUCAAAAUAAAGCCUUACUCUUCUCCCUUAAUGAUAGAAACAUCUUAGGGGACUCCACUAGAUUACGCAUGAGACAGCUUCAACAAAAAGAAUGGCUACACAUCUCUCCACUUCACAGUUAG